AAUAAAAGCCACAAAAUGCAUUUGAAAAGUGCAACAGCAACAAAAGCAGACACAGUAAAAACAAAAACAACAGCAACACACAAACUGAAGCAUAAGUUAAGCAAAUUGUAUGGAUACUACGGAUACGGAUACAGAUACGGUUGGAUGCAAGUCUUCCUACUACUAACACUCUACGUGAUUGGUAAUCAAAGUGCCUGGCAGGAGAACAUACGACCAAAACUCUAUGUGGAAUUAGGUCCCGAAGAUAUACUGAAAUUUCUGGGAAACGAAAGUGUUGUGGAUCACUUUAAGCUCGUCACCAAGGAUGGCAACAGUCUGCUCAUCGGUGCCAGAAAUACGGUAUUUAAUUUAAGCAUACACGAUCUCGCUGAACAGCAGCGGCUGGUCUGGACAUCGCCGGAAGAUGAUACCAAAAUGUGUCUCGUCAAGGGUAAAGAUGAGGAGGCCUGCCAGAACUAUAUCCGCAUCAUGGUGGUGCCAUCGCCGGGGCGCCUCUUUGUGUGCGGCACCAACUCGUUCCGGCCCAUGUGCAAUACGUACAUGAUCAAUGAGAACAACUACACGCUGGAGGCAACCAAAAAUGGCCAGGCUGUGUGCCCCUACGAUCCCCGUCAUAACUCCACCUCCGUGCUGGCGGAUAAUGAACUAUAUUCGGGUACUGUGGCCGAUUUCAGCGGCAGUGAUCCGAUUAUCUAUCGAGAGCCGCUGCAGACCGAGCAGUACGACAGCCUCAGUCUCAACGCCCCGAACUUUGUGAGCUCAUUCACGCAGGGAGAUUUCGUCUAUUUCUUCUUCAGGGAGACAGCCGUGGAGUUCAUCAACUGCGGCAAGGCGAUUUAUUCGCGUGUGGCCCGCGUUUGUAAAUGGGAUAAGGGUGGACCGCAUCGGUUCCGCAAUCGCUGGACAUCGUUCCUCAAGUCCCGCCUGAAUUGCUCGAUACCGGGCGAUUAUCCCUUCUACUUCAACGAAAUACAAUCGGCCAGCAAUCUGGUAGCGGGAGAGUAUGGCUCGAUGAGCUCGAAACUAAUCUACGGAGUCUUCAAUACACCCGCCAACUCGAUACCCGGCUCAGCUGUGUGUGCCUUUGCCCUGCAGGACAUAGCCGAUACCUUUGAGGGCCAGUUCAAGGAGCAGAGCGGCAUCGGCUCCAACUGGCUGCCGGUAAACAAUGCCAAGGUUCCUGAACCGCGCCCCGGCUCCUGUCACAAUGAUUCACGAACGCUUCCGGAUCCGACAUUAAAUUUCAUCAAAACACAUUCGCUAAUGGACGAGAAUGUGCCGGCGUUUUUCGGUCAACCGAUUUUGGUCCGGACGAGCACAAUUUAUCGCUUCACGCAAAUCGCUGUCGAUGCACAGAUCAAAACUCCGGGCGGCAAGACAUACGAUGUGAUAUUUGUUGGCACAGACCAUGGCAAGAUCAUCAAAUCGGUGAACGCCGAAUCGGCAGAUGCCGCUGACAAGGUUACCUCCGUGGUCAUCGAGGAGAUCGAUGUGCUGACCAAAAGCGAACCCAUACGCAACCUGGAAAUAGUACGAACCAUGCAAUACGAUCAACCCAAGGAUGGCAGCUAUGACGAUGGCAAAUUAAUCAUUGUGACAGACAGUCAGGUGAUAGCCAUACAAUUGCAUCGUUGCCACAAUGACAAAAUCACCAGCUGCAGCGAGUGCGUCGCCUUGCAGGAUCCCUACUGUGCCUGGGACAAAAUUGCCGGCAAGUGUCGCUCCCAUGGUGCACCGCGUUGGCUCGAGGAGAACUAUUUCUAUCAGAAUGUGUCCACUGGCCAGCAUGCGGCCUGUCCCUCAGGCAAAAUCAAUUCAAAGGAUGCCAAUGUGGGCGAGCAGAAGGGUUUCCGGAAUGACAUGGACUUAUUGGAUUCGCGUCGUCAGAGCAAGGAUCAGGAAAUCAUCGACAAUAUUGAUAAGAACUUUGAAGGCCCUCAAAUUUCCGCAGACAUUAUCAAUGCCCAGUAUACGGUGGAGACUCUGGUGAUGGCCGUGCUGGCCGGAUCGAUAUUCUCCCUGCUCGUGGGCUUCUUUACAGGCUACUUCUGCGGCAGGCGCUGCCACAAGGACGAGGACGAUAAUCUGCCGUAUCCGGACACGGAGUACGAGUACUUUGAGCAGCGUCAGAAUGUCAAUAGCUUCCCCUCUUCGUGCCGCAUCCAGCAGGAGCCCAAGCUGCUGCCCCAGGUGGAGGAGGUGACCUAUGCGGAGCCCGUGCUGCUGCCACAGCCACCGCCGCAGAACAAGAUGCACUCGCCAAAGAACACGCUGCGCAAGCCACCCAUGCAUCAGAUGCACCAGGGACCCAACUCGGAGACGCUCUUCCAGUUCCAGCCGGACGGCUACAAUACACAGCAGACAUAUCGCGGACGCGACAACUUUGGAACGUUGCGCUCCCACCAGGUGAUGGGUGACAACUAUCGACGCGGCGAUGGCUUUUCGACCACACGCAGCGUCAAGAAGGCUGUAAACAACACAAACACACGAAACAGAAGUCUUGGUCGCGCAAGAAGACAGCCGCCCCGUCAUGGCAUUGUAACUCAACAUCGCUCGAAUAGCCCCCAGCCACAACCACAGCAACAGCAGCAGCAGGCACAACAGCAGCCGCACUCCAGCUCCGGCUCGUCGCCGGUAAUGUCGAACAGCAGCUCCAGUCCGGCGCCACCCUCGAGCAGUCCCAGCCCACAGGAGAGCCCCAAGAACUGCAGCUACAUUUACCGUGAUUGAUUGCUAUGUAACACCAAGUCGAUGCCCCUCAUUCAGGCCAUGCCCUCGCCCACGCCGACACCGACACCGACGACUACACCCAACCACCCUACGCCCAGGCCACACCCAGUCGCCAGUCGCCCAGUCCAGCAGGAGCUUCAUGAUCAUCACAGUCCAAUAAUCAAGACCUACGCCAAGUCGAUGCCUGUAACGCCCAUACAACCGCAGUCGCCGAUGGAAGAGACGCCCUCCUACGAUCUCUACGAACGCCAUGCCCGCUCCGAUGCCACAUUCCACUUCGACGACGAGGUAGAUGUGGAUGAUGAUGACGACGAUGAUGAUUUGGAGGAUACCUCAUCGCUGGCCAUGAUCACACCGCCGCCACCCUACGACACCCCUUACCUACUAUCGCGAAGAACCUGCAACAGUGCGGCGGCGGCUCUAUCGCCACCAGUGCCGCCACCACGCAGGUUCCGCUUCGGCAACCGGGAGUUCUUCAGCAUGAGUCCGGGUGGUGGUGGUGGUGGCAGUGCCACGCCCACAUCCCAAUCCAAAGGCAGCGCCAUAACACCCACAAAACUGAGCGCCGCUGCUGCGGCCAUGUUCGCCACACCACAAAUGGCCCAACUGAACCGAAAGUGGGCGCAUCUGCAGCGGAAGCGACGGCGGCGGAACAGCAGCUCCGGCGACUCCAAGGAGCUCGACAAACUGGUGCUGCAAUCGGUCGACUGGGAUGAGAAUGAGAUGUAUUAGAUGUGUAGAUAUGCGUGUCUGUAGUUUAAGAGCGCUGAUGAUUCUGGCAGGAGCUGGGUGAGUGGAGAUAAGUCCACAUACAAGAAAUAGAAACAGAUACGAUCUCUAACAGGGUCUAGGGCUGAGGCUGAAACUAUCCCUAUUAUGUAUGUAUGUCCUUCCCCCUUCCCCCUUCUCCACCUAUCUGCGCUCCACUUAAAGCUUGCAUUUUUCCCGAUAUGAAUACACAAACAUUUGCGAUAGCAGCUGAAUGGGGAUAGCCAGAGAAAUUAUACACGAAAUUUAAAGUUAUAUAUACAUAUAGCCUAUACAUACCCAGGCCUGCAUAACAUACGUAUAUAAACCAUAUACUUGAAUGAAUAUAAAUAAAUAUAGUUCGAGGUUCGAGGAAGGGCCUAAGCUAAGUUAGAGCCAGCUGCAAACGAAACGAGAUAUUGUUAAUUAACAUUGAUUGAGAACACAUUGAGAAGAGAGGAAGGAGUCAACAGCUUGUACAUAUUAAUCUUAGAGUCGAAGUUGAAAGACGUAAACGUAAUUUAAGGCAGAACCUUAUUUGAUUAGAGGAGGGAGUAUACGCGUUAUACACACACGUUUUUUGCAUUUAAACCCCCAGACAAAAUGGAAAAAAUAGAAUAAAUUUACAAAAGAAAGAAGAGAAAAACAAAACAAAACAAAAGAAAACGCUUAUUACUGAUUUAUAUAAAAACAAAACGAAACACAAAAGAAGUUCUCGUAAAAUACCAAAAUAGUAGGGCAAACAAAUUAGUCUUUAAGGGCAGCAUUCGAUUCGCAAUUCGAGAAACAGAUCCUCCACUGCUCCGAAAACGGAACUGCCAACCGCAACAGGAAAUAUGCUCCAAAAAUAUAUUCUCACACACCAAAUCAGACAUCAACACACACAGAAUCUAUUAACGAGUGCAUUUUCUAAGGUCAAUUUUAGUUGCAGAGCCUUAAGCUUCUUUUUACAAUUUCAAAAUCUGCUAUAGAAAUGUGUAAAUUAUGUACAGGACUCUAUACAUACGCAAUACUCGUGUACGAUAGCCGAUCCAAGGAUCCAAGCAAACUGUACAGAUAUAUGUGCCAUAAAUAGGGGACGGGCCCGCUUUGAGUUUAGUUGUUAUAGUUUGCAUUGCAUUUAGAAUGGUACUUUACCGGGGACAGAACGAACAGAGCUCUCUCUCUUAAUAUAUAUGAUAAGAAUGAGUUUGAGAAGGGGGUAGAAGGGUAAAGGUAAAUGUAAAGGUAAAGGUAAAACACAUUUAUUCCGUGUGAAGUGAUCGAUCAAAAUUUAGUGAAAGCAUUAACUAAACUUUAGCCUAGCCACAUAGGGUUUGUAUUAUAGAUUAGGCCAGAGGAUGGAGAACUUUUGAAGAUAUUUGCACUAGGGGCAUUGCUAAUGUUGUUCUCAUUAAUAGAGUAUAUACACACACACACACACACACACAAUAUAUAGGUUAAGCUAACCGAUAUUUAAAUAUUUUGUAUGAAAAACCUUAACAGAACCUUAACAUCCGACUAAAUUUAAAAACAAAAUAUUGUAUGGAACACUCGAGGCAUUGCAAGUUGCAAGACUCUCUGCACGAGAUAAAAAGCGUAGAAAUAUCUAAAUCAAAGCAAAGUUUGUAAGAACAAUUAACAAAUCGUAGAGUAAACAAUAAAUAAACAAACACACACUCAACGAUCAUGUAUGUACUAUAUAUAGAAGUGUAUGGAGUGGAGUAGCAAUUUAAAUGCUUUUAUAUGCAAUUUUACUUUUUGACAAAAUGUAUACAAGUAGGAAAGAAACAGAAUCAGAAAUUACAUACGAAUGCAAUAAAUUUAGACAGCCAAAGACACACAAUUAAAUAUUCUAUUCUAAUCUAAUUUAAAAUAUUUAUAAUUGUUUGAGCUACAUUUUAUUUAGUUUUAGUUGUAAAUACACCGAUUGUACAUGUAUUUUUUUAACGGACUUUCAUUGCACUGAAGCAAAUAUCGUAUAUGUUGCAUUAGUUUUGGUUAAUUUAGUUUGUACUCUUUGUUUUUGUCUUUGUUAUUACAACUCAAGUGUGUGGAGUACUUCGAAAGCAAUAUGAACAACACGUAACAAACAAACAAACAAACAAACAAACAUUUAUAUAUGGUAUAAUUCAUAGGAAAAAAGCAAAUCAAACAAAAGUCAGACACAUAGCAGCAGAGUAGCAGCCGCAGCAGCAGAAGCAAAAGGGGGAAGAAUUAGGAAACACCCUUAGGCAUACCGUAGGAGUUUGAACUAAUUCUAGAACUACAUACAUACAUCAACUACUUAUACAAUUGCGUAAACGAGUAUUAGCUCGGAAUCAGAUCAUUAACUUUUAUACACUUUACCAUUUACAUAAACUAUACAUAAAUAUAUACAACAAGCGAACAGAAUACCGAUUUCAUAAUAUAUAGUACACGGCAAACCGAAUAUGUAGUUAGUUGUACUCGUAAUUUAGAGCCAGGCUGCAAUUGAAAGGUAUUACAGUGAAUCAUGCCGACAAACAGAGAAAACAAACAACCAGCAACAACAGCACACACACUCAUAAAAAAGAUCCAUGAAUAUACCGAUUAUAUAAUUAUACAUUAUGUAUAUAUAUAUACAUAGAUGACCCAUAUACAUACACUUAUUAGAUACUUUAGCAGAGAGAGAUUCUCUAGAGAUGCUUUUAAAAAUACAAACAAAUUCGAAAAUCCCAAAAAAAUGAACAAACAAAAAUAAAUGAAUUAAGCAAAUGAAAAGUAUUUUAUUAAAAGACACGACUCUCGCGAUUACUCGAUGCAAAAGGGGUAGCAGAGUAAAACAGCUAAAGAUAGAACAUACAAUACCCGAUAUAUACAAUUUCUUAAAACUUCUGCAAAACAAACACAAAAAAACAAAAACACUCGUGAGAUCAACAAAACUCAGCAACUUUUUAUAGAGGAGCAGCCCAACCAACUGUGGUUCGGAUAGAGAUGAAGAUGAAGAUACUUUAAAGAUAAAUUGUAAGCUAAUUGAAAACGACUUUUAACUUUCUCCAAAUAAGACGAAACGAAACGAGACGAUUAUUAGCCAUGUAUGCCGAAAACCGAAACUGAAAUCAGAUUGUAGCGAGCGCAUUCGUAUUUGCUAUUUAGCAAUUAAUUAUAAAGAAAAAGAAAUCAAGAAGAACAACACAACCGGCAUUAACAAAUUAGUGACAAAACGCGAGCCCUAGAGAGCGCAAAUAUAACACAUAGGGAGGAAUAGGAAUAGGAAUGGAAAACCAAGACACACUCAAGUUCUCAUUUUUCCAUUAAACGAUAUAUAUUCAAGUGCUUCUUACAUAAAAUAAAUAAAUAUAUAUAUAUAUACAUAUAUAUAAAUGAUAUAUAUAUAUAAUGAAGAUUACAUGGUAGAUAUUAUUAUUACGGGACGGAAGCGAAAGCUGGACACACAUUGGCAUUAUGAAUACCUACUAACUAGUUUAAGGCAUUUACUAUACAGAAAGAAACACAACUCUAUUAUGAUUAUUAUGUUUUGUGAGCGAACUUGGAGCGAACUAUUACAGAUUACAGAUAACAGAUAACAGAUAACAGCAUAAAGAACAGUUUUAGGGUUAAGCCUUAUACUACCUAUGCACGAUGAUUUCCCCCCUCCUGCGGAUGGUCGUGCCGUGUCGUUUGGUUUUAUAAUUUCUAAGUAGCCAGCUCUCUAUAUGCAGUACAUAUAGUAUAUAUACCAUACACAAACAAACGUAAUCGAUGCAUUUUACUUACUUGAAAAGCCAUCAAUGAAGCAAAUGAAGUUAAAGCAAGUUCAUGAUUCAAUUUAUAUAAUUAUGUUAAGAUUUUAUAACGCAACAAGCCUAACGUAUACAUUACCUAUAUGAAUACUAUUAUACGAGACUUUGUAAAUAAUACUUCAAACCAACCAACAAAAAUAAAUAAUCUUUCAUUCGAGCAAAACAAAAGAACAACAAACCCAGGACAAAAACAUCAAAAAUCAUAACGAAACGAAAUGAAUCGAAGCCAAGAUAAAUACCGAUUCCAGAAUCGACUUUUUACAGCCUUGGUUCCAACCACAACACACCACAAGACUCACAGUCCCCCAAAAAGGUGCACGAUCCACGAAUAGGAGAUGAGUAUGUUAUGCAUUCUUUAGCGGUUACAAAUACGUAAGGAUAAAUUUAAAUUGUUGAAUAUGUAGAGCAAAGCAUAAUUGAAGAUAAAGAAGGAAUAACACAAAAUAUUUAACCAACAUAAGUUACAAAAACGCUAUACACAAAAACAAACGGUACUUCCAAGCAACUAUAGAGCUAACAGCAAACCAUUUAAACAAUUAAACUGCAAACACCUAAUGAGUGAAGUUAAACGAAAUGAAUUGAAUUCCGCACUCCUGCCACCCUCCCAAUAACAAUGGCUCCAAAGUUCACUCUCUCUUCCGUAGUACUCUCCCUCUACCAAUCCGAAAUUCUCCAUUAUUUCGAAUUGAUUUCGAACCAAACGCUUCACAAAAUUAAACAAAAACUCCGAACUUUGUGCGGAAGGUGUGCGAAAUCGGUUAAUCAGAAGAAUCAGCAUACACAGAAGACAGCGAGAAGAAGAUCAAGAUCAACAUGAAGAACAUCCGUUAAAUGAAAGACAAGAAGAACAAACGAAAAUUGUUAGUAAAAAGACUGAGCUACAAAAUAUACAAGAACAAAAAAACAAAGCAAAAACAAAAGAAAUAAAAGCAAACAAAGAACGCUAUCGAUAUCGAUAACGAAAUCGAGAUGAAAGCUAAAACAAAAGCAAAUUAAUGAAUACUUUUGAUUUAUUGAGGAGUUUAUUAAUUAAUGUGCAAUUAAUGUGUAAACGGUUUUCUAACUUGACGCUUGACUAGAAUUCCAUUUCGUUCGAUUCAAUAUGAUUUGGCCAAUCGAGAGAAGUUCCUAGCAAACGGAGGCAGCCAGCCCAAAAAUAUCAAUCAGUAAGUGAAUCAAUCAAUCGAUCAGAUCAGAUCAGAUCAGAUCAAACCCAGAAAAGAGGAACUUCCGCCUAUCAAUGUUAGUCCAGGCCAUAAUGAUUGCUUUUGGCAAACUCAUUCAUUAUCUGCUGAUGUGGGUCAU